AUGAACCAUGGCCAUGAAAUCGUAAUUAUUGAUAAUUUAUCCAAUUCGGAUUGGCAUGCCCUAGACGCCAUUCAAGAAAUAACUCAAAAAAAGGCGGCGUUUGUGGCCUUGGAUUUAACCGACAAACAGGCUUUAACCGAUUUUUUUAAAACCCGUUCUUUUGGUGGCACCAUUCAUUUUGCAGCGUUUAAAGCCGUUGGCGAGAGCAUGAAAUGCCCCAUGGCUUAUUACCGAAACAAUGUAUUGGGCAUGAUGAAUUUAUUGGAAUUUGGCGAUCAAUUGGGCUCAUUUAUUUUUAGUUCGUCUUGCACCGUCUAUGGAUUGCCCGACGCUUUGCCCAUUGAUGAAACAGCCCCACUUAAACCCUCCGAAUCGCCUUAUGGUGAAACCAAACGCAUGGGCGAAGCCAUGCUUAAAGACUGGGCAGUAUUGGAGGGGCAUCGGGCCAUUGCCCUAAGGUAUUUUAAUCCCGUGGGGGCUCAUCCAUCGGGUUUAAUUGGUGAAAAGCCUGUGGGCGUUCCCGGGAAUUUAUUGCCCUAUUUAACCCAAACGGCGGCGGGCAUUCGAGAAUCUCUGCGGGUGUUUGGCCAAGACUACGACACCCGCGAUGGCACUUGCAUUCGAGAUUAUAUUGAU